UUCAUUUUGUACAGCUCGAACGUGACUCCGUUGGUCACUCUCCUCCUUGACUCCAAACUAGUUUCAGUUCUCUGUCACUUUGGAAAUUUUGGAUGCGGAGAUGGAGGAUGGACACCGGUCAUGAAGAUGGACGGCAACAAGGUAAGACAUUUGUGUACGUUUUCCCUUAGUUUGGCGACGAGAGUGGAAAAAAAUGUGUUAUUAAUAAUUAAAUACAGGUUUACCUCUGUCAGCGGUAAUUUUCAAUUAUCCUUAGGCAGCCUGCGAAUACAGCCGUUUCUCCUUGCUCCUCGUCGCUAGGGACGUUCCACCAGGAGGAACGUCUGCACCUCAGCGACAGAAAUUCCAUACUAAUGACGUGAAAUUGUAAAAUUUUCUGGGGGAGCAUAACCCCAGUCCUCCAAGUUUGAGGCGCACCGUCGGCGCUCUAACUUUUCUUCUUGUCGGUACAUGCUAAGUCCCUGGAUCUGAAAGAUUUAAGUAUUAAGAACACCUUUAAGCUUCUGCUGGAAUAUCUCGGUCAGUAGCAGAGGUCACCUGCCCUUUCUGUCAGACGAUGUGGAGGUUUUCAUCAAAACACGGAAGCCUGGUCUCUGUACUUGCAGAUACGCGAGAGUUAAAGAUAAUUAUAUUCAAUUCGUCAUUUUUCAAUCGCAUCAAUCACCAACUAAUGAUUACGGAGAGCAGUAUUUGUUUACUUUUUAUUCUACGGGUGACUAUUAACGCCAUUUUGCCUGCUGCGGCUAGUUUCAUUUUAUAAAGCUGGAGAAACAAGGACGUUGUAUAUAUUCUUUUCAUUGUAAUUGAUCUUCCAUUGCAAAUUCGGUUUUUUUUCUUCUCCGGGAAGGAUGUAGUCUUUAGAAGAAAAAAAAACCUUUGAACUUUUCUUUUAAAGGACAAUUUUUCUAUUUCUUCCUCCUUUCUACCACAGCAAACGUUUCACUACAACUCCACUCUCUGGAGCAACAAAGAAACCUUUAACCUUGACGGAGGGAAGACUGGGUUUGACUCACAGGAGACCAAACUUCCCUCCUACUGGAACACAUCCUUCUCCAAGAUCUGCCUUGGUAUGAAGAUCGGCCAGCAGAUCAAGUUUAUUGUUAUCAACAAGCAAGCGAACUCCUUGUACUCUCUGAUCGCUGAUGGGCAAUACCGCCACACCUCACUGGGUCUUGACACGUGGAAGUCACUGAUUGGUUCUGAGGCCUCCUUACAGAAAAUCUGUAACAAGGAAGGGUUCAAUGCUGUGUCUAAAGAUUCUCGUUUUUCCAAAGCCAGGAUCGGUAUCCUUGGUGACAACAUCGGCGAUUGCAGAACCUGUGACUCUAGAAUUGGGUUUGGUACUGGAGGAGAUCAUGAUAACAACAACACAUGCGGAAACGAGGCUAGUGUGUUGGGGCCAGAUAAUGGCGAGAAGCAUAUCAAGGCAAUGGGAUAUAUUUUGGUGCAGUAA